CUCAGCAGCGAUACCAAUAUCUUUGCGCUCCGGCGACUGACGGUUGCUAGACAUUGUAGUCUCGGUGCCAUAAGGCCUGCCUGAUGGCUGAUCCUCAACCUCGCAGCGAUUCGCCUUCUGGCCAGUCAGCGGUCAGUCAUGAUGAGGAUGAAGGUUCUGUGCUGGGAACGGGACUGACGACUCGUCACAUAGAAGCAUUUGGCCGGAAGGUCACAACCACCGCGAGCCAUCUUAUGGCCCCGAAAUCCGACCCUACCCUCACCACACAUUACCAGAGCGCGAUGAGCGAUAUUCAACGAGAACUACGCCGGCCUACGGUACAACGAAAAGUGUUCUCGUUUGCGCAGACUACUCCUACCGACCUUGUACGAUCAAAGCUCUCGACGUCAGAAAUUCAAUACCGCGCUCUGUCCGCCCUUCCCGAUGAAUUGCUUGCAAACAUUCCCGAAGAUACCAGUACAUAUUCCUUGUUUCAAGGGUUCCAGGCUUCCGUGCCCGAAGAUGAUAAUGAACAUCGGAAAAGCCAUAGACGGCGGCGAUCCCAUGGCCAGAAGCUAUUGGAAGACUCCGGUAAAAGCUCGCGCCCUCUACCGCAAACUGUUGGUUCUCUGAAACGGGAGAGGGACGUGCUCAAUCGGCGGCUUGAAAUGAUGGGAAUACGAAAAAACAUGUGCAGCGCCGAAAUUCAUGAGAUAGAUAACAAAAUUGUCAAUUUGAACAAUAUGCGCAAAAUAGUGCUGGACCGCUUGGCUGGGCUGGAAAUGGACGAGGCAGAGUUGGAACAUGAAUUGGUUCAAUUGGAUAACAGGCUUGAGGAUAUGGAAGAAGCCAUGGAGGAAUCUGCGACCCUCAUCUCGACACCGAAAGCAGUCGAUGAUGAGGUAACGCUUGAUUCCGAAAAUCAAGCGAUGGAUGCAUCGUUCAUGUCUGAGUCUAUAUACGAAAAGAUCCCAUCUCCAAAAGCCUGGAAACACAAGUCAUUGAGGAAACGAUCAAUGCCCAUAUUACACGAGCAUUUUGAGCCAGGUUCCAUGAUUCGAGAGCUACAAGCGCAUAAUGAUAUGAUUACCGCGAUGGAUUUUGAUGUUCCCUUUGGGACCAUGGUCAGCUCUGCUUUGGAUGACACCGUGCGAGUUUGGGAUCUAAAUCUCGGGCGUUGUAUGGGAUUUCUGGAAGGACAUCAUGCGUCGGUCCGCUGCUUACAAGUCGAGAACAACAUUGUUGCGACUGGUUCCAUGGACGCGUCGAUUCGACUUUGGGAUCUGAGCCGUGCCAGCUAUGCUCCAAGGGAUAAUAGGAUAACCAGAGACGACGAAGAGGAUGAUGACGAUGCGCUUGGUUAUGAGGACCCGUCGGCCGAACCGCCGCCACCACCUCCAUCAAGCAUGGAAGACUGUCCUUUAUUUUCACUCGAAGCCCACGUUGAUGAGGUGACUGCCCUGCAUUUCCGCGGCGAUACUCUGAUAUCUGGCUCUGCCGACAAAACCCUACGACAAUGGGAUCUGGUGAAGGGAAGGUGUGUUCAGACCCUGGAUGUUUUAUGGGCAGCCGCUCAAGCGUCUUCCACUAUGGGUGGCGGGGAUUCUCAAUGGCGACCAACGGGCCGUCUUCCUGAUGCAUCUGCGGAUUUUGUUGGGGCCUUGCAAUGUUUCGAUGCCGCUUUGGCAUGCGGAACGGCAGAUGGAAUGAUUAGGUUGUGGGAUUUACGCAGCGGUCAAGUUCAUCGUAGCCUUGUCGGGCAUACGGGACCAAUCACGUGCUUGCAAUUUGACGAUGUCCACUUGAUAACUGGUAGUCUGGACCGUAGUAUACGAAUCUGGGACCUCCGCACAGGAUCUAUCUACGACGCAUACGCGUAUGAUCACCCCAUUACAAGCAUGAUGUUUGACACGCGACGCAUAGUGGCGGCUGCGGGAGAGGAUGUGGUUAAGGUCUACGACAAGACUGAUGGACGUCACUGGGACUGUGGCGCCGGUGUGACCGCGGAGGAAGAAGGCAUCACGCCGGCAAUUGUAGAGCGUGUGCGAAUCAAAGAUGGCUAUCUGACGGAGGGACGAAAGGAUGGGACCAUUGGUAUCUGGACAUGUUGACAGUUAUCUGUACGAUUUUGCAAAUGGAUUUGGACAAGGCAAAGGUGCACUGUAUCAUAUAUAGACAUGAGGACAUCUAGCAC